GUGAAACCUGUGAAACCACCGCGGAGUCAGUGAAGUCCACAAACGUCACAUGAGAGCUCCCGGAACUCCUCCAGCUCUGGAGCGCGUCGCUGCCGUGUCCGGUGUAGACGGCGCCGACGACGAGCUGCGCUUCACACCUCAUGUCGGAGUCGAGCUGGUGCUGAGUGUCAUUAUGAGAUGUCGUCUCCCAGCGCCUCCUUCGUGGAAAUCAAGUUCGAAGACAUUGUCUUCUUCGAGAACUGUGGCGGCGGCAGCUUCGGCAGCGUGUACCGAGCCAGGUGGAUCUCCAAGGACAAAGAGGUGGCCGUGAAAAAGCUGCUCAAGAUCGAAAACGAGGCUGAAAUCCUCAGCGUCCUCAGCCACCGCAACAUCAUCCAGUUCUACGGAGCCAUCGUUGAGGCGCCGAACUAUGGGAUUGUCACCGAGUACGCGAGCGGGGGCUCGUUGUACGACUACCUGUCCAGCGCCGAGAGUGAGGAGAUGGACAUAGGGCAGAUCAUGACAUGGGCUGCAGAGAUUGCGAGAGGGAUGCACUAUUUACACUCAGAGGCCCCUGUUAAGGUGAUCCACAGAGACCUGAAGUCCAGGAAUGUUGUUUUAUCAGCAGAUAAAGUUCUCAAGAUUUGUGAUUUCGGGGCGUCGAAGUUCUUGACCCACACGACACACAUGUCCUUGGUGGGCACGUUUCCCUGGAUGGCUCCAGAAGUGAUCCAGAGCCUGCCCGUGUCCGAGACCUGCGACACCUUCUCCUAUGGUGUGGUGCUCUGGGAAAUGCUCACCCGUGAGAUCCCGUUUAAAGGCCUGGAGGGUCUACAGGUGGCCUGGCUCGUGGUGGAGAAAAAUGAGAGGCUGACCAUCCCCAGCGCCUGUCCCGCCAGCUUCGCCGAGCUCAUGAGGAAGUGCUGGGCGGUCGAGCCGAAGGAGAGGCCGGUGUUCAAGCAGAUCCUCAGCACGCUGGAGUCCAUGUCGAACGACAGCCAACUCCCCCAGCAGUGCAACUCGUUCCUUCACAACAAGGCUGAAUGGAGGUGUGAGAUCGAGGCCACACUCGACAGGCUCAAGAAGCUGGAGAGAGACCUGAGCACCAAAGAGCAGGAGCUGAAGCAGCGAGAGCGGCGCCUGAAGAUGUGGGAGCGCAAGCUCAUCGAGCAGUCCAACGCCCCGUUGCUGCCCACCCUUGACAUCUACACCUGGACCGAGGAGCACGUGUAUUUCUGGAUGCAGCAGAUAUUUGGUGCAGGGGAAGGUUCGUGCGACAUGCAGCUCUACGCUGACCUGUUUAAAGCCAAUCACAUCACCGGGAAGAGGCUGCUGCUGCUCACGGAAAGCGACAUGCGGGACAUGGGGGUCAAGUCUAAGGGUCACGUCAUGCAUCUCAAGGCUGAAAUUGAGAAGCUGACUAACGAUUACCUCGGGUUCGUCCACUUCCCACCCUUAUUAAAGGAUGAGCUGGAAAAGGAGGUGGAAACGAGCAAAACGGUGAAUCUGGAGCUGGUGUUCGGGUACCACUGGAAGCCUGGAACCGGGAAAUCUGACUGCAAAUGGAAAAUGUACAUGGAGCUUGAUGGUGAUGACAUCGCAGUGACCUACAUCAAAGAGGUCGUCUUUAACGCCUAUCAGCCCAACGUGGAGGUUUUGCACAUGACAAAGCCACCGUUUGUGAUGGAUAAAUGGAUGGUGGGGAUGCAGCAGAACCAGAGAGUGGACUACAUAGUCAGCUAUGAGAAUGAUGUCAAGUCACCAAAGUUUACGAAACACAGCUAUCUAAUGACGUGGAGUCACAGUGGUGGACAAGACGAGAUCAAGACUGUGGAGCUGAUUAUUGAAACAGCACCAGCCGACAUUGACUGGAACCCCAGAGACGGGUCGAACUCUGAUAUUGAUUUAAUGUGGAUGCACAACGUACGGAUGAGGCAGAUGAUCAGCCAGAAAUCUGUGCAGCCGCCCGCCGCCCGCACCGCCUUCACCAGCUCCGGCGCCCGCACGCUGCCUCAGUUCCUGUCGGCGCACGAAAGCCAGGAGUCCUCUUAUGCUGCAGCUGUGCGACGCUCUCCCAGCCGAGUCAACGCGUCCCCCUGGAUCGACUCGCGCAGCUCCUCGCCGACUGCCAGCCUGUCGGCCAAGGUCUCCUCGCUCUAUUUGGGGUCAAAGGGCAGCAGCCCCUCCAGUACCACUUCGGAGAGCACCUUGGAGAGGGAGCGGGAGCGCCCGCUCAGUGCCGGAGCGGCGCGGGACCGCCCCAGGAAUAGUCACUUUGGAAGCAGUCUAACCGUGGGCGGCUGGCAGGCGCGGGGCAACGCGUGGCCCAAUGCUAGAGGGGGCUACGCUCAUAGUAAAAGCUGCAAAGCCCCACGGCAGCCGGCGAAGCAACGCCCCGUUUACGGUGUCGCGCCACAGAGCCGCCCACCCAUCCCAGGUAUAUGGUCUGUGACAGGAGGCCCCGGCGAGGAGAAGGAGGGGGGCAAGCCCACCGACGGGGGCUGGAUCAAGGUGGAGCGGCAGAAAAGAGUACCGCGUCAGGACAAUAAACAGGUCAGAGGUCGAGCGAGGAGGAGCGGCAGGGGAGGGCGUGGAGCUGGAGCAAGAACUUAAUGUGGGCCACAUAUCAGUAGUCACUGAUACGAUUAAAGCGGAUGUAAGAUAACUCCAUUGUGUAUAUACCUUAUAACCAUACGGUUGUAAUUUAAAGAACUAGCUGUGGUUAUAUAUAUAUAUAUAUAUAUAUAUAUAUAUAAAUGAAAAAUACCCAGGAUGUAUUUAUCAUUAUUAAAAAUAAUAAGCUCGUUCCUUGUCUUGUCCUCUUCACUACACAUGAAGUCCAUCACAUUGUUGUAUAUAAAAAUGUUACUGUAUUUUCCAGUUCACUUUCCAAGUAAUAAAAAACAAUAAUGUGA